GACCGCACCGACCGCUGCCGUCCACCCGGUUACUUUCUUUAAGGCUUCUUGCAAGUCUCUGCUCUUCUUCUUCUUCCGCACCAAACCCUCAUCCUAACCGGAACCCUAGAAUUCUUUCUCCCAUGGCGUGGGCGACGAGGUUCCUUACGGCGGUGGCGUUCCUGGCGAUCGGGAUGGUCUUCGCGCCGGACCUCUUCGGGUCCGGGCCGGCCUCUCCCGCCGCGGCCGUCUCCGUCGCCAAGCUCGCUCACCUCCUCUGCUUCGCGACCUGUUGGGGCGUCUCCCUUUGGGUCACCUUCAUCGGCGGCAUCAUCACAUUCAAGAAUUUGCCAAGGCACCAGUUCGGGAAUCUACAGAGCAAGAUGUUCCCGGCAUACUUCAUGGUGCUAUCGGUGUGUGCCGCGAUCUCGGUGGCGGCGUUCGCCUACCUCCAUCCAUGGAAGUCAGCGGCGCCCCUUGAGAGAUACCAGCUUGGGUUCCUUCUCUCUGCCCUCGGGUUCAAUCUGUCUAACCUCUUUGUCUUCACACCCAUGACUACCGAGAUUAUGAUGAAGAGGCACAAGGUUGAGAGAGAGUUAAGCAUUGGCGAGGAAGUUGGGUGGUCAAAGAACAUGGAAGUAGCAAAGUCUAAUCCAAAGCUUGCAGCCAUGAACAAGAAAUUUGGAAUGAUCCAUGGAUUGUCUUCACUAGCCAACAUCAUGGCAUUCGGCAGCCUUGCAAUGCACUCGUGGUACUUAGCAGGUAAAAUUCAGCUGUAAACACAAUGGAUAUUCUUGAGUUCUGGAAAAAUCAUCUUCUAGCUGUUGGCUUCAUUACAGUUCCAUGGCUGUGCACCCAUUAUGUGUUGAAGUGGUGCUCAACUAGGUUCAGAUGUCAUGCAAGCACCUUUUCCAUCAUAACUGUUUGAAAACUUAUCACAGUCAAAUAUGUUGUACCAUCUUUUUUACUUGAAUAGAAAAGGCACUCCUUUUAUCAGUUUCUUACUGCAU